CUGAACGUAGAGACCGAACACCACAGUAUAGAGCAAGUCUACAGUCAUUCAACGAGAAGAUGAAAACCUACAAAGGGAUGAUCAGUCCAGAUGUAAUGUUGAGGUUGAAUAAGACACCAUUCUGAGAGAUCAUUUAUGUCUUCCAUCACGGACUUUUAAAAGACAGAGAAUGCAGAAAAGUAGAUGAGGACAUUCUGAGAAUGGUCAAGACAUACGACGUCAAUCAAAAAGGGUUUCUGCUUGGGGAAAGGAUACUGAAAAUAACCCGUGAAGAUGUAGCUAUCUGCCUUGGAAUGCGAUUGGAAGGAGUCACAUUCGAGCUAAACAAGCACCACCAGAAGCCAACGAAGAAUCGCAUCAUCGACAAGUAUUUUGGAGAUGCAAAGAAAGUGACAAAAGCGAUGGUUGAUAGUGCACUUGCCGAAUCUUUGAAAGACCCAAGGAAUCAAGUCGCAGGUGAGGUGGCAUCGCUAAUUGUCAUGAGUCUGUUCGUAUCCUUCUUGUUCUGCACCUCAAGCUCUACAUUGUCCUGGAAGUUGGUAGAAAUUUGCACCUAAUGGAAUUCUUGGGGACGAUAUUCAUGGGCAACCUUAGUACUAGACCACCUGCACAAUGGUCUAAGUAAGAAGCAGGAAGACAAAGAUGUCAAUUUGUCAGGUUGUUUGCCGCUAAUCAUGUAUUGGUUAGCUGAGAAGACAAAGAUGGGAGGAGCAAUCAUGAGAAAUGAAUUAGGGUCGCCAAAUUUCAUAAGAUGGUCACUCGUCGAGCUGCACAAAGAAAUGGAGAAACUAACCAAUGAGCAGAUAGAGGAAAUGUUUGACCGAAAGCUGACAAAGGAAGACUUGGAAGUGGCAAUGCAUGACAUCAGAGGAAGAAACAGAGGAGUAGCAUCAGAAGAAUCAAACGAAGAGCUGAGGGAGGAAGACUUUGUAACUCCAACUUUUGGAGAUUGGCACAAGAAAACCACCCAAGAGCGAUGAAAAAAAGAAGCAGAAAGUCAGAAGAGAAUGAAGGACAUAAUAGACUCGUUGGAAGAAGCAACAACUCAGACAAGUCUCUCACAAGAAGAAAACCAGAAAACCCAAGACUUGUUGAAGAAGUUGACCGAAGAGAAUGAAAAGCUAGCAAGGCAGAAUGAUAGGUAUUGGGAGAUGUUGGACAAAGCCUUUGAGGAAGACAAUAUAGCAACAAGGAAGAUACAGAUCUUGCAGAACAAAUUGUUGAAGAAGUGGAAAGUUUUUACAACCAUUGAGAAGGAAAAAAAGAACUUGGAGGACGUCAUUGAGCAGCAGAGAGAAACAAUACAUAAUCUGGAAAAUGAAUUGCUGGAAAUGGAAAGAAAGCUACUGGAGAAGGAUAUGUUGGAUUCUCAAGAGGAUUUACGGAAAGAUGAUAUAGAAAACAGUAAAAGUGAUGGUGAAGAUGAUGAGGAAGAGGGUGGAGAAGGAGCUGAUGGUGAAGAUGAUGAGGAAGAGGGUGAAGAAGGAGCUGAUGGUGAAGAUGGUGGAGACGAUGAUGAAGACAAAGAAGAAAAACCUGAAGUGAGAACAACCAGAAAGAAGCACACAGCAGCAAGAAAAGAUAAAAGAGGCAGGUCUUCUCAGAAACAGGAAGCAAAGAAACAAUCAAGGAGAAGGGAAAGGGUGAAAAAAGCUGCUGCUGAAGAAGAACCUGAAGAAGAAGCUGCUGAUGAAGAAGAAGAACCUGAAGAAGAACCCAUUAAAAAGAUGAAGAAAGGGAAGAAGCAAGCUGUAAAGAGAAAUUCAAUGGUGGAUCGAAUCAAGAACAAAAAAAGGAAGGCUACUGAAGACAAGGAGUUCACGUAUACCACUAAAAGAACAAGGAGCGGCAAGAGGCAUUAGAUGAUAAUCGGAAAUAGUAGAUUUAUGUAGUGCUGACAGUAGGUUUUUGAGGCUAUGAAAGUAGAUUUUUCAUGUGUGGACAGUACCUUAAUGUUGUUUAAUUUCCAGCUUAGAUAUUUGAUGGAAAAUGACGUCGGGCUGACAGUAGUAUUUUGAAGUACUGACAGUGGCUUUACGAACUGUUAACAGUAGCUUUAUGUUUAAUUUUCAGCUUUAAUAUUGGA